GUAUACUGAAAGACGCUGUAGACGAUAGUACUGCUGCUGUAGUUAAAAAUAUCUUCUCUAGGCUGGUUAUUUUUCUAAUUUGUGCUUAACACCUUGAAUUUAAGAUUCCUCAUGCUUACAUUCAACGUCUUCAUUCUCACAAAAUUGCCGCAGUCAUUUCUAGGGAGCAGAAUAUUUGGGAGAUGUUCAUCUGAACUGAUUGAAACCUCUUGGAAGAGUUUUGAAAGGACUCCAAAAACGAUCCGACAAGCCUUGUUAACACCUCAAAGAAACUUCCAAGUAUAUAGAUUUUUCCAAAGCAACAGAUCCCCUACAAAGGCUAAUGAUAAAAUGAGGUCAAAUGUUGAGAUAAAGGCCAGGGUGACAAACCCGGACCACCUGAGGGCGCUUGCCAAAGACUUUGCCGACGAGCAGGAGACUGAUGUCAUGAAGCAAGUUGAUACCUUCUUCAACUGUGGAAAGGGAAGAUUGAAGCUCCGAGAAAUUAUCAAUCACCCUACAAGGCCAUCUAAAUUGGUCGCCUAUAUUCGAUCAGAUCGAGAGGGGCCAAAAGAGUCAAAGUAUUCUAUCACAGAAGUAGAUGAUGCAGAAAGCCUUAAGCAAACAUUAGGGAUGGCUUUGGGUGUAAGGGGUGUGGUGAAGAAGACAAGAACGCUGAUGAUGAUUGGUCAGACGAGACUGCACAUUGACGAGGUGGAAGGGCUUGGGAACUUCAUGGAAUUAGAGGUUGUUCUGGAGGAGGAUCAAACACAGGAAGAGGGGAUAAAAAUAGCUCAAGAUUUGAUGGAGAAGCUCUCUAUACACCAGUCUGACCUCAUCUCUGGGGCUUAUAUGGAUCUCUUAGAAUCAUGAAUGGUACUGAGAGGUAG